AUGUCCAUCCAGGAGCAAUCCCUUUUCUUUGAGAAGCUUCCGCCCGAGAUUCGGCUCAAGAUUUACAAGUAUGUGAUCGAUAGCGCAAUAGGCCUCUACGAUCGAGAAUGGAUUUGGGAUGAAGGCGAGAAGGGAGACGAAAUAGUCCCGAAGGAUGGCCUCAGAUUUGAUGGGCUUCAAUUGCUCAGGGCUUCCAAGAAAUUGUUCCACGAAUCGGUUGCAUACGCCAACAGCACUUUGCAAGAGGUGAAAUGCUCCAGCGACUGGUUUGAUUUAGUUAAUGGAGACAACAAUGUAUGGCAGUUCUUCGGGCGGUUCCCUCCAGUCCUUUGUCACCGCCUGAUGAAGGUCGUGAUGUUUGCUUCAAAUCUGGAUGUUGAACAACUCCCACUUUCAGUGAAUUGGCAGGAUAGUUUUAGUCCCAAGAGUCACCAUUUCCCAAACUUGCGAGUGGUUGAAGUCUGGAAGGAUGUUGGCCGUGGGUUUUCGAUGACACAGACAAGCGGCUUCUGUGACCAUGUCGCAAACCUACUUUUGUGCCCAGAUGGGCCUCAAAACUUUGGCGUCGACCACGCUUUCAUCCAGAAAACGACCUUCGGUCCGAAUUUCAUCCAUCCUCAACUCGCUGAUUUCUUUCAUACCAACAAUUUCAUUGUGCAUGUGAAGAUCAAUUUAAGGGUUUCCGUAUGGGAGCAGUACGGAGGUUGGCCAUACCGGCAUGGUUGGCGUAAAAUAUGGAUCGAUGACUACUUCAAGCAUACUUUGGUGUGGACCGAAGAUCAUGUUGCUCUAAUAGAUUGUCCUGAUAUGAGGCAGGAGCACUGGUACCCAGAAUGGGUUGCUUCGCCUCGAUAUCAGCGGGAGUUCGAUUUCCUCCUGGACCGCGACGACAUUGAUAUGAAUACUCUUUUCGUUAUAUGUAUUGAUGAUGCAACCGGAGAAUGGGGCAACGACAGGCAUGACCGGAAAUGCGAAAGCUGGUCUGACGAGGAUGAAGGAGGGAGACGAGUGUUGCAUCGGUUCAAAAUGCCCCGCGGUUCGGACAAAUCGUGCGAUACUAGCAUCCGAGACAUUUUGGUCACCGGAGAGCUCAGUAUUCAGGAUUCUGGGCUAGAAGAGCAGACCGAGGUAGUUUAUUCACGGUAUGGAUGA